CACACGCAUUGAUCAAACAGACCUGCUGUUGGGAGAAUCAUUUGUUGUAUUUACACUACAGCCUCAACUGAUUCUGGAGAUUUAUUUCUCUAUGACAGCUAGACUAAGAUAACAGUUUUCCGGCGAGGUAAAGAAAAUAAGGCGGUAAAUACUACAGUGAAUAUUUAUUUGCACACUACAAGCUGUGCAAAGCUUCUAGCGCAGGGUAAAUGAUGACUGCCAAAACCGUAGAGAAAACCCCCGUAACUCUUAGCGGUUUUGUGCACCAGAUCCCUGAGAGCGUUUACUCGGUGGACGAAAUCGCAACGACUUUACCGGCAUCAGUUGCCAUCUUCCCCAACACAGACUUAGGAGGGCACUACGAGCACAUUAACGGAGUUCCUGGAGAUGGCAUGGUCAAUGUGGAUAUGAGCACAGAGAAAAGGCCCCUUGAGUUGCCUUAUAACAGCAGCUUCACGCCCCCUUCGGCACCCCGCAAUCAGACCUUCACUUACAUGGGCAAAUUUUCUAUUGACUCUCAGUAUCCUGGUGCCAACUGGAACCCAGAGAGCAUAAUCAACAUUGUGAGUGUGGGUAUGACCCAGCCUUCCUCUUCAUCUUCAUCGCCAGCAUCUUCAGUCUCCCCAAAUCCAUUUUCCAGUACUUUGAGCUGCACCAUGGCACAGAACCAGCCCGACAUGGACCACAUCUAUUCACCUCCACCUCCUUAUUCAGCCUGUGGGGACGUGUAUCAGGACCCCUCGGCUUUUCUGUCCACCUCCACCUGUCCUAUCUCCUAUCCCCCGCCAUCAUACUCUUCGCCUAAACCUACAACGGACAGCGCCCUGUUCCCGAUCAUCCCGGACUACUCCAGCCUGUUCCAGCCUCCCUGCCAGAGAGAGAUUCCAUCAUCCAUGCCCGACCGUAAGCCCUUUCCGUGCCCUCUUGAAUCAAUCAGGGUGCCUCCACCACUGACUCCCCUGAACACUAUUCGGAAUUUUAUGGUAGGGGCAUCCUCAGAGGGGCCACGGCUGCCUACUGCGUACAGUCCUCAGAAUCUACCUCUAAGACCAAUUCUGCGGCCCAGGAAGUACCCCAACCGUCCAAGUAAGACACCGGUCCAUGAACGCCCCUAUCCCUGCCCAGCAGAGGGCUGUGAUCGAAGGUUCUCCCGGUCGGACGAGCUGACAAGACACAUCCGCAUCCACACCGGCCACAAACCCUUCCAGUGUCGGAUAUGUAUGAGGAACUUCAGCCGCAGCGACCAUCUCACCACCCAUAUCCGGACCCACACCGGAGAGAAACCGUUCGCUUGCGAUUUCUGCGGGCGCAAGUUCGCCAGGAGCGACGAAAGGAAACGGCACACAAAAAUCCACCUUCGCCAGAAAGAGAGGAAAUCUUCAUCGGCAGCCGCCCAAGUCAACCACUCGGACAGAGCGGUCAGCGUCAGCACAUCCACGGGCAUCAUGUGCGCUGCAGGGGGAGGUCAGCUCACGGGGUGCCCCCCACGAGCUGUAUGAAGAGACUGAAAUUGGAAACACUAAACUAAUGGACAAAAAAAAAAAAAAAAAAAAAAAGCGAGGACCUGCGAGGGGAAGAUGGGCUUUACACUUGAGAAACUUGGGCAGUCUGAAGAGCCCGAGAAAGGACUGGUGAUCACCCCCUCAAGAAGUGACGAUGCAAGGUGGUUUGUGGGGGCUGCGUCUCCUCCACAGUGAUGCCCCUAAUGUGACCAGGUCACAAUGUUUAAAGAAACUAUAAAAUGCACUUUGGCCAUAUUAUCUUGAACUAAACGUUUUCUGAAAAUAAAGUAGCUAGAUUGGGAUAGUUGAAAUAAUACUUAUAAUAAAGUGGAGCAUUCUGUCUUAGUAUUAAAACUUACAUGUGUGUGUCUUUGUAAAAAGCACGGAACGAGAAGAAACUGACUUUUGUUGCGUUAUAACAUGAAUGUCAAUCACAACUUGGACGCUCCGAAAGAUUUAAUCUACAGAGAUAUAUUUGCAAUAACUGUGAAAGAAACGUUAAGUUAUUUGAAAGAAAAGACGUAUUUGUUGGUGUUAUAAGUGCUUGCUGUUUGUUUCGCUUUUCUGCGGUGCCUUGUUGUGUCUGCGUGUAUACAUCAUGCCAACAUGUUUUUCAGGCUGUAUAAUACUGAAGCAAUUUAAUAUCCGUUUUUUAGAAUGAAUGAUAUAUUUUUGUACGCAUUGUGUCUUAUUCCUAAAAGUGUUACAUUUGUAGUAAAAAUCUGAAAAAAUGUAAAUACUUUAUUACUGACUCCAGCUUUUGUUUCCUCCUGCAUGUUUAAUAAGACUAACUGUACUUGGUUCAGGCGCAUAGGGAACCACUAAUGACUGAGAUCAGACAGGUAAUCUCUUGUGCAUUGUUCCAAAAUCCAUUCAAAAUAAAAAUCAUUGAAAAAUAAAUAAGUAAA